UCGUGCCUGGCCAGCUCGAUACGUCACUUGCUACUCACUUCUUAGACAACGAAUUUUCUUCCUGGGUUUCCCAUUCUCAACGUUUGCCUUUGAUACCUUGAAUUCUCUUUCAGCACUUAUUUAAUUCGAUAGACCUUUCUUCGUUCUUCCUCAACAUGCGUACCUCUUUCACGUUUGGCGUUGCUGCCGCGAUCGCGACCGUUAACGCUCAGUUGCGUGGCUUCAAUUAUGGCAGUACCUUCAACACCGGAGCCAAUAAACAGCAAUCGGAUUUCGAAGCCGAGUUCACGACUGCACAGGGUCUCGUGGGAGCGAGCGGCUUCACUAGUGCACGCCUUUACACUAUGAUCCAGGGCGGAACGACGAAUACGCCCAUCUCAGCGAUCCCCGCAGCAAUUUCUACCAAAACAACUCUUCUCUUGGGUCUUUGGGCGUCGGCAGGAUCGGCCGCUUUCAACAACGAGAUCGCUGCUCUCAACGCUGCGAUUAGCCAAUAUGGAACUUCCUUUACCGACUUGAUUGUUGGCAUAUCUGUUGGCAGCGAGGACCUUUAUCGCAAUUCCCCUACGGGAAUCAUCAACAAUUCCGGAGUCGGUGCUCAACCAGAUGAGCUUGUGAGCUAUAUCACCCAGGUACGACAAGCAAUCCAAGGAACUGGAGCUAGCGGAGCGGUCAUAGGCCAUGUCGACACCUGGACAGCAUAUGUGAACGCCUCCAACAAUGCCUUAAUUUCUGCUUGCGAUUUCCUGGGAAUGGACGCUUAUCCAUACUUCCAAAACACCGUCGAUAAUGACAUAGGGGGUUCCAAUGCCACAUUCUUCGAUGCCUACGAUGCUACCGUAGGUGCUGCUCAAGGAAAGCCCGUUUGGGUAACGGAAACCGGCUGGCCAGUUAGCGGACCAACGGAGAAUCUGGCUGUGGCCAGUAUCGACAAUGCCCAGACAUACUGGAAGCAGACUGCGUGUAGCCUCCUUGGCAAUAUCAACACGUUUUGGUACACCCUACAGGAUGCCGAGCCAAAUACGCCUAGCCCGAGUUUCGGCCUUGUUGGCGGCCCUACACUAUCAACCACUCCUCUGUUCGAUUUGACCUGUCCAGCAGGGGGCAGCGGCGCUGUAAGUAGAUGAAUUUCCUUUUGCGACUGACUACUACAGCUUCUCAAACGCGACACUGCCACUCUGCUACCCAAAUCUAGGCGACAACAGGCUGAAGCACUCCUCGAGACAAAAGAUCUGUGCUUCCAUCCUCGUUGCUAA